AUUUUCAUGCGAUAGUUUUAAAAUCAAUUUACUUUUAGUACCUAGUACCAUAUUGCUAAGUUGUCUCUAGUUAUGUUCACUCUGCAAGCUUAUUAAUUGUUGAUGUCGUGAGAAUUUCGGGUUGUUGGUUUUAAUGUAAAGUAAAUUACUUGAUGUAUGUGACAUCAUCACUUGUGGACUAAGGGAAGACUAAGGGAAGACAGAAAAUGUCAUCCGAGGAUUUACCUCUUGGUCUAAAGCAGCUCGGCAACCUAAGCGAGGUGCGCGUUCGGCAGAAGGUGACGCACUUCGCCAACAACAAGUACGUGGUGACGACGCCAGAGGGUAGCCCGGUGCUGUUCGCCCGCGAGGACUCCGGCUUGGUAGACAAGCUGCUGAUGGGCACCAGCCGCGCGCUGUACAUUAACGUCUUUGACACUGAAGAUAAAGAGGUGAUGAGGUUCCGGCGACCGUACACGAUGGGACCGGACAAGAUGGAGGUGUGCGUGUGCGGGCGCGGGGUGGCGCUCGUUCGCAAAGAGUUCACCUUCCUCAAGCCAAUCAUCAACGUCAACGACGCCGCCGACCGCCCGCUCUUCCGCGUCAAGGGCCCGCUAGCCCUCACCAGCCAGUGUGACUUCGAGAUAUAUGACAUGGAAAAGAAGCGUGUGGGCACGAUACGCAAGAAGUGGGGGGGCUUAGGACGGGAGGCAUUCUCUAGCGCAGAUAACUACAUCAUCGAACUGCCCGCCGACCUGGAUGUGCGCUACAAGGCCGCGCUCCUCGGCACCUGCUUCCUCAUAGACUUCAUGUACUACGAGAACUGAAUCUAUAUGUUAUGUGCAAUUCACGAAGAUAUUGAAAAGGAGAUAAAGUUGGUGCGCGGGAAAUGUCAAUUGACUAGGAUGGUGCUGGCGUGGCAGCACAAAAUUGAUUUUUUAAUUUAAAACUACUGAAAAACACAUUUUUUUAUUGUUAA